AUGAGAUCUGCAGCCCUUCUACUGCCCGCCGUGGCACAGGCCUUGGUCGCUCGCGAGGCCGGCACCGGCUGUUGCUUCCACCUCACAGCUGAAGGCGGACCUGGUGGCCGCGUGGAUCAGCUCUUCGAUGGACAGAACCGCAUUGGACAGACUGGACUCCCAGAAGGUCAAUACUGUAUCAACGGCAACGGCGGCUUGACUGACUCCCACGGUCGCGGCUGUAUCAUCACACCACCGACUGGCCAAUGGCAGUGCGAUGCUGGUGCAACACCUACACCAGGCUUUUCGGUCGGAUCAGAUGGCAAGAUCGCCAUGAACGGAAGCACCUCAUUCUAUGGAGCGCCCACAGGUGACAACGGCGGCUGGAACAUCUACGACAAGCCCCUCCAUGGCGAGCCGAAGACCACUGGCGUUACCUUGACGGCGGACAACUGCGAUGCCACCAAGCAGCCUCCCCCAGCACCAGCACCACCAAAGAGUGCCUGCCCUGCCGAGCUGCCAAGCAAGAUCAAGGACUUCGAGUUCCCACACCUCAUCGUCCCCGUCGACUCCAAGCACCCAGACCAGUCCUACGGCACCUCUUACAACGGAACCGCUGAAGGGACCGUCUCAUCGAUCUUCAACUUCGACAUUCCCUUGUCAACCAAGGGCAAGACAUGCAACCUGAAGUUCCUCUUCCCAGAACAAAAGGAUUUGGAGACUUCGGCAUUCGAGUACGGUGGUGAUGGCCAGUUCCAACUCAGCGUCCUCGGCGCCCCAGCGACAGAAUCUACCACCUAUGCCACCGCUCCAAAGGUCGAGAAGGACCUCGGACUGACAUUCUUGCGCACUCCAGGCUCCUUCACACUGGCACCAGGCACUGCCGUGGAGAUUGCAAGUGUCCCUUGUCCUGCUGGCGAACGCUUCGGCAUCUGGCUCCAGCCCGUCGGCAAUGCGAAGCUCAACUUCUUCCAAGACUACAACCCUUGCCCAAUCGGCCUCUACGUCGUCCCACAAUAG